GUCCAUGGUUAGAAUACUCUGAAGACCGCAGAAAAUGACAGAAUCUCUGGACCCCCAACGGUCUUUCUCCGACUAGGCCAGCCGGGGAGCUCUGCGCACGCGCGACAGUUGUGCGACUUCCGUCACUUACGGCUGGAGCGGUUCGUGCUCAGGAGUUGGUGGCGCGGUGCAGGGCUCUUAAGAACGAACGGCUCAGGCGCGGGGUCCGCCAUGGAGCCAGAGCAGAUGGUGGAAGGACAGACGCAGGUUGCAGAAAAUCCUCACUCAGAGUACGGUCUCACCGACAACGUCGAGAGGAUAGUAGAAAAUGAGAAGAUUAAUGCAGAAAAGUCAUCAAAACAGAAGGUGGAUCUCCAGUCUUUGCCAACUCGUGCCUACCUGGAUCAGACAGUUGUACCUAUCUUGUUACAGGGACUUGCUGUGCUUGCAAAGGAGAGACCACCAAACCCCAUUGAAUUUCUAGCAUCGUAUCUUUUAAAAAACAAGGCACAGUUUGAAGAUCGUAACUGAGUUGUUGGGAAGAACAGAAAAAUUGAUUGCUACUGUAGAUUCACAUGAUUAAGAGGCAGUUUUAAUUGCCAUGAUUUCCCCCACUCCCUUUUUGGAAGUAUAAGAACCUUCAGGACCAUACAACUUAAUUCUGGAGUUGCAGAAGAGAACGUAUUUCCCUUAUUUUGAUUUAAUCACCAUUCUUACUUAAUGAGCGUAUUCUGUGCAAUUUUUUUCUUAGAUUGUCUUUAAUUUUUGUUUUUUAAAUGACUUUCAAAAUAAAUAGUUAAAACAUCAUUACUUUAGUUUUUGUUCUGUAUUUUACAUGAUUGAAUUGCUUUCGCAGAUGACUUUAUUGUGUCCUAGAAUGCUGCAGAGUUUUGCAAGAGUGAAAAUACAGCAGAGUCAAGUAAAACACGACAAGUAUCUCAGCCAGUUUUUCUCUGUGUUGUCACUGGACUUCUCUGAGGGUGGGAUCUGGGCAUCUUCAUUUUUUAACAAACAUCACAGGUGACUCUAAUGUGCAAUAAAGUUGGAGUACUGAUGUAAGCAUUGCAAAGGGUAUACAAUAUCCUCCAGUGCUAUCAACUUUUACACUAACAAUAUAAUAACUAUCAGUUUUUGCAACCCUACUAUGUGUCAAUCAUAGUACUAUUAUACUUACUUUCUGAUACAGCAGCUCUGCAAAGAAGAUAUUAUUAUUCCCAUUUUGCAGAUGAGGAAGCAGACUUGGGGAGGUUAAAUGACUUGCUCCACGACCAUACUGCUGGUAAGUGCUUGAAUGGGAAUUCAAAUCCAGUUCUAUUGAAGUGUUGCUGGUAGCUAAGUGAGACGUACUUGUGCAGCUUGACUUUACUACUUCUCUUAGGUAUAAAAAAUUGCAGCCAGUUGUUUUUUUUGGGGGGGAGUGUGGGGGGAGUUUGCUACCUUUGUCGCCUCCUAAGAAAUCAAGAUAACUCAGUCAAGAUAACUACCAGCUGAGAAAAUUAUCUGAAGAGAGCUACGCAGAAAAACAUUCAUUAGAGGAGUGGUUUUCACUGGGAGUUGUUUUGCUCUCCCCACACCCCACAUUUGGUGAUGUCUAGAGACGCAACUGGAGUGGGGUGGGUCCUUUUGCCGUGUAGUUGGUAGAGGCUAGAGAGGUUGCUAAACAUGUUAAAAGCACACUUGACAGCUCCCUGCCCCAAUAAUUAUCCAGCUCAAAAUGUCAGUAGUGCCAAGGUUGAGAACCCCUGCAUUAGAAGCAUACUAAAGACUUGUCUCCAAACUAAAAAUAUUAAUGCCUUUGUAAAGUUAGAAAUUAAGAAUUUAGUGCUGAUGAGUUAUGUCUUACAGUUCUCUUUAUGUCAGUAAAAAUUUACUUCAAUAGGAUUGACUCUUGGGGAGGUGAUAUUAAUAGUUUUUAUAUUGCAGAUCUAUGUAUUUAGUAAAAACCUGGGACUAUUCGGGGAGUCCUGGUGGCAUAUUGGUUAAGAGCUUGGCUGUCUCAUAAGUUAAUCCACUCCAGUCUUUUUGGUGAUAUUUUAAUAUCUGGAUAAGUACUAGUUAGGUAAUCUCUUAUUAAUUAUAUAGGGAAAUCCUGGUGGCGUAGUAGUUAAGAACCAGGCCUGCUAACCAAAAAGAUUGGCAGUUCAGAUCCACCAGAUUAAAAAAAAAAUGCUCCUUGGAAACUAUGGGGCAGUUCUGCUCUGUCCUAUAGGGUCGCUAUGAGUCGAAAUUGACUUGAAGGCAAUGGGUUUUGUUUUUAUAUAGAUAACACAUAAUACACACAUACCUGGUCCCUGAAAGCCUGAUUGAACUUGGGAUAGAGCCGGGGCUGGUGAAUUAGGCAAAAGCUCUAAGGCAUUCUGAUACACAGUUGUGGUUACGGACCACUUAAAGAAAAAACAACCGGUUGCCAUCAAGUUGAUUCUGACUCAUGGCAAUCCCACGUGUGUCAGAGUAGAGCAGUGCUCUACAGGAUUUUCAGUUCUAUGACCUUUCAGAAGCAGAUUGCCAGACCUUCUGAGGCCCCUCUGGGUAGGUUUGAACCACGAACCAUUAUUUAUAAUUUUAGUUUUGGAGGUAUAAGUAUGUGGCAAUCUACUUAGUGCUGCAUUACUUCUAACAUUCUAUUGAGUUAUUUCCGACAUAGGGCUUAAUUUUACUCAGUCCUGAAUUUGAUACUUUUUGAAGUAAGGGCUGAGAAUAGGCAUGUCUUUUGCUGGCAGUCCACAUGCCACUUACUGAGUACAUACCAUGUGCCAGGCACCAUGUUAAAUACUUUACAUGGAUUGUCAUUUAAUCCUCACAACCAUUUUUAGAUGAGGAAGCUGAGAUUUGGUUAAUUUACAGAGGUAGCAAAUUAGGGACAGGGAUUUAAACCCAGCCUGCUUGUGUAGAAAACUAGUUGUCAUCGAGAAGAUGCUGACUCACGGCGACCCCAUGUAUUUCAGGGUAGAACUCUGCUCUUUAGGGUUUUCUGUCUUUUAUUUAUUUUUGUUGUUGAGAAUAUACACAGCAGAACAUACACCAAUUCGAUAAUUUCUACAUGUACAAUUUAGUGACAUUGAUUACAUUCUUCGAGUUGUGCAACUGUUCUCACCCUCCUUUUUUGAAUUGUUCCUCCCUUAUUAACAUAAACUCACUGCUGUCUAAGUUUCCUUUCUAAUCUUUUGAGUUGCUUUUGUCAAUUUGAUCUCACCAUAGGGCUUUCAAUCGCUGAUUUUUUGGAAGUAGAUCUUCAGGCUUUUCUUACAAGGUGCCUCUGGGUGAACUUGAACCUCCAGCCUUUCAGUUAACAGCAGCCAAGCGUGUUAACCGUUUGCCCCAACCAGGAGCUCCUGCUUGUGUGGACACUCUGCUUAAUGUGAUAUUUAUUACCUCUCAAGUGUGUGGAAAAUUUCAGUUUGUCCUUAUGUGUGUGUAGUAGAAGCUGCCUUACAUGGCUGGUAAUUGAAAAAAUGUGUCAAAGUAGGGAAUCAUAAAGAACACAUUAUAAACAAUUUUUUUUAAGUUAAAGGACACUAUAUAGGUAGUAAUUUUAUUUGUCUUUUUGGGGUAUGUUUUCCUUGAUUGGAAUUCUGCAUUGUCAUUCUUCCACCAACCACACCUAUACUACAUGGUCUACAAAUUUCAGUUUCAGAUAUUUUGAAAAGUGGAGCACGAUCUUAGACAUUUAAGAAGUAAUUUGUAGAAUCCUAGGUUGUUCUUGUGAUUUUUUUAAUCCAGUUUUCAAUCAUCUUGUUUGCCUCUGAUUUCAGUUAUUUUUAUUGUCUUUCCAAAGCAUUCAACCUGUUUUUUUGUACAAACACCUUUUUCAUCAUGUGUUUGUGUAUCAUUGGUUUGUGUAAUAUUUAAUUGAAUUAUAUAAUGGCAAUACAUAGUUCAAUUGGUAUAAAUAGGUUUGAGAACACAAUUGACCUUUAUUACCCAUAUCACACUGAGAGGAGAGAGCAGUAGUAUGAGAGUUUCCUAAAAAGAGUAGUCUACUAGCUUUAAGAGUUUUGCCUGUGGUGGGCAUUUUUCAGUGUAUUUUAUGAAGGCACUUAUUCCAGUAAGGUGGUUAAACGGAAAUGAGUUAAGAAGGCUUCUACUGUACUUUGGUAAGUGAGAUAAUUUAUGUGAGCUAGCGACUACAGAAACAAUUUCUACCCUUUGACCACUAAUUUAAUGGGGAAGGUAAGAUAUUGUUUAGUCUACAAAUAUAGAAAUAGAGUGAAAAGUACUAUAUUCAACUGAGUUCUUGAAUCAUGGUCAGGUGUGGGUUGGUGGGAGGACCACUAGAGUAAAUCGGAAAUGCAGGUAGUCCUGACUUAAUGACGGGAUUCUGUCCCAGACGACUUUGUCAUAAGUCAGUUCUGAUGUAAGUCGAAUACUCCCCCCCCUUUUUUUUUCUUUAGUUUUCAUUAUUAUUGCCUUUUACUAUCAGCAUACUUAUAAAUCCAAUCUUUGGUUUUGAACAUCUGUGAGUAAAUAUCUGAGAAUAACAUCAGCAAAUUAUGUGCUGCAACGUUGUACUUAGUAGCUACUACUAACGAUAA